AUGCCUAUCACAGGCGUCUACUUCAUUCCCUCAAAUCCAAACGCCUCAACAGCCCUCCAAACAAUAUUAGAGCGCCUCCGCGCCGCUUUCCCAAAUGAAGAACUAACCCCAAUCGGCCGCUGGGGCCUGGAACAAAAGCUCCUCCGCGACACCCCAGGCUUACUCCCUUCUUCCUCCAACUCAAACCAAAAACCCCCAAAUCCACGCUAUAUGCAAUUCCUCUCUUUGACCCACUACCCAACCCAUGGCUUCAUAAUCACCUCGGGGCCCGAGAAACCCACCCCAGCAUCAAACAAAAUCCAAAACCAAACCCAGAACCAAGGCGCGUCCGGCCCCGCCAAUGCCAUCGCGCCAGACCAGUCCCCCUCCCCGCCAAUGGUCAUGACUACUAUCCCCCCUUCCUCAUAUGGGACCCUCUUUCAGCAUUUUACUUACGCUUGCCAACCGUCCUGGAGCCACCGGCUCACAUUAGCUGUCCCCAACGGGAUCGUCUAUGAGGUUGGUGACUUCCGCGUGCGUCUUGGUGACGUGCGACAGACGUUCCCGAUGGCGCGAGUGCGUGGUACGGUUGUUGAGAUUGAGUGGCGUGGACCAUCGGUUGUGGAGGCCAUUCCGGUAGAUCGGGAGGAUGGAUCGUUUAGUGCUGGUGUUGGUGUUGGUGCUGGGGGGGGUGGUGAUGUGGAUAGUGACGCUGUGGGUAUCGACCUCUCUAGCUCUGCGAUUGAGGAGUCUGAUAUCGAUACUGAGUAUGCGGCGACUGCGUCGCUGAUUCGGGAAUUUUGGGGGAGAUUGGGUGUCGAGGCUCGAGAGGCCAUUCUUAUUCCAAAUAUUGGGAUGGAGGUUAAGGAUCGGCUGAGGAGGUGGAAGAAGGCUAGGUCUGGGAUUGAUGCGAGGGUUGAUACUGGUGUUGAUGGGGCUGGCUCCGUGGUUGGUGAGCGUGCCGAGAAUGAUCCUGAUCCGUGGUCUGGAGCAGAUGUUGCGAGGCAGUUUAUGGAGGUUUUACGGUUUAACAGAUAG